GAGAGAACAUUUAUAUUGACUACGAUUCAUCACUUGCCGGUUGUCCACAAGAAAAGGAAGAAAAUUGCAACACGUCAAUAUGCCUCCAAAAGGAAAACCAUUAACUAAAGGACAGAAACAGAUUGUGGAGGAGAAUAAGAAGACACUCCAGUUUUAUCAAUAUAUCAUGCUCGUUGUAAAUGGUGUUUACUGGACGCUUCAGUACUGGUUGUUCUGGGACAGCUUCACUUUAUUCUACAUGUUUCUCGGUGUAUCAGCAUUGCUGACAUGUCUUGGAAGUUACAAGUUUAUGCAGAGUAUGGCUCAUGCAAAGUACACACCAGAAGGAGCUCUGAUAGAUGGGGGUCUUGACCUCAACAUGGAGUCAGGAAUGUCUGAACAUGCCAAAGAUCUCAUCCUGUUCACCUCUAUAGUACAAAGUACCAGUAUAUUUUCUAAUUAUUUAUGGCUGUUAUGGCUGCUGGUUCCUGGCAGAGGCUUCUACAUGUUAUGGGUGAAUAUAUUGGCACCUUGGUUUUUUGCCCCUCCACCUGAAGUCGAUGAAAAGAAGACUAAGAAACAGGAGAGAAAGAUGCGAAGACAUUAAUAACAUUAUGUUGAUAUUCUUUAAUUGUUAUUGUUUAUAUUGACAAAUGAAUUUUUGUAUACUUAAAAAAAAGUGUCACACCGUUUCUGUGUAUUUUGAAUAUAAAUACAACACUUUAAUUUCUAAUAGAAAUGCUAUUAUGUAGAGAACUGUUUUGGUUUUCCGUCAGACAAUCUGUCCGUUAUAGGUACGUUGUUGUUUAAUGUCUGUUUUAGUACCAUCUCUUUUACAGCCAAUAUCACACACAUAUCUUAAUGAACAGUUUCGUUUUCUUAAUCACUCUUGUAUUGGUUUAAGAGAUCUUAAAGGGAAAACGAAAGCCAGUUUAACAAACAAAUUUCUUUGACGAUAAAUCGAAAUGCACAAAAUCAAGUCUACAACGCAGCAGUAUAAAAUUAGUCAUGUUCACUUAAACAGACAAAUGCCGCUAUCUUAACAAUCCAAUAGUGUAACGGGAAUGGAAAAGGGUGAUGUCAUCAUGUAAAUAAAAGUAUGGUAUAAAGAUAUUUAAAUAAGAUUAAUAAUGUAACGCCCUGUAAUUGCCCAUAUUUUACUGUUUAGUGCGAAUUCGAGUUAGCCUUUUGAUAGGAACCUACAUGUAUGAAUACUGACCAAAAAACCUCGGGAUUGAAUUCUGAUAUUGUCCUAUAUUUGUUUGUUUUACCUAUCACAAGAGAGCGGUGAGAACGUUGGUGUGCCCUAUUGUUUAAAGUGGGUUUGUUAACAUAAACGUCAUUCUGAGUCACAUUUUAUUCAUGUAUGUAGUGACACAUUUUUGAAAAUAUUGCAUGCAAAAGAUUUGUGUAAACCUAUGGUUGUGGUUAGGCUUAUCAGGAACACAGCGAAGAUAUACGUUCAUUGUAAGGGUAAAACGCAACGUAAAUGUAAACGGGUAAUGGUUAACGGAGCAUAGAAGUGAAUAUAUAAACUACUGUAAAUGAAGUAGUUGUGUUAAAACAAUUGAAUAGUUGCAAACGUAAAUUACAGUUCUUGUGUAACUGUUAAUUUGUAGUUAAGCACACGAAAUUUAAACUCUUGUGCGACUGUUAAUUAAACUGACGCAGUUUGUUUUAAAUGUAAUAAUUUAUUUUGUACAGUUUCACAUUGAAAAAUUUAGGAAGUAAGCGAGAAAAAAACAAUGAGACAGAUGAUAAACAACUAAACAGGACAUACGAGUAAUUAUAUGAGGUACAUUUUCAGACAUCCAAACCAAUACGCAAUAUAAUAUUUCGUGCACUGUUAUGUUCGAUUCCCUACACUGUGUGAUCAUGUCCAUUUACAAAAGUUCACAACGUAUAGAUGUACACAAGCUUUAUAUAUACAAUAGACGAAUAUGAAUAAAACGUAUGUUCUGUACUAUGAAUCAUCAGUUGUUGCUGCCUUUCGCAAUUACAAAUUAUUUAUUCAGUUGGUAGUAAAUUUGAUGGUAUGCGGUGGAUCUAGAGGGGUGUUCUGGUUUCCGCAUGAUAAUGUUGUUCUCUAAAUUCUCAUUUGCUCAAUUUGUCUGAAUCCACCACUGAUACAUUCGAAAUUUCGUUGUAUUCGAUGUUUUUUCUUGAACCAAGAGUUAGUGAAAGUAAUUACACCGUGAACGUUCGUGCUGUUAGCAGUGAAUGUUGGAGAAUGUCUGCCAGAUUUUGUGAAACUGUUUUUGAUCUCUAUUAAACAUAACUAACCAUG